AUGCCGGUGGUGGCUGCGGCGCUGGCCGGGGGAGGUACGGAUGGCCAUGGGCAAACGGAGAACGUGGCCGGACAGCACCGUCCUCCAACGGCCUCUUCGUCUCCAAACCCUAAAGGGGAUCGCGAAGCCCAACAAACGAAAAAACGUGCGAAGCCAUCCAUGACGUUCCCGGGGAAUACUCCCAUGCAAGAGGCUGCCUUUGAGGAAACUAUGAGCGACGGGCAGAAGACACCAAGACCAGCAAGUCCACGACCAUCAGUAUGGGGAUCUAGUGCGGGGGCGGCGAGACGACUCUUUGGAGAUUCUAGCCACACAGGAACCUGGUAUAUUGCGGACUCGGACUCGGAAGGUAUUGCAGAAGCCAUGCGUGAAGACGGAAAAGAGGCGGAUUUUGAGGGAACUGUCGAUCCCAAGUGCCCAUCAAUUGAAUACACGCUGGCGGAGGAGCGGAUGUUCUGUCGAGAAUGGCGAUCAGCUUUAGUGGUUAUGGUUUUGGGCCGAUCAUUAUCCUAUACGUUAAUCGCUAAGAAGCUAAAUGGAAUAUGGGCAAAAGCAGGGCCGAUUCAGGUCACGUCAGCCAAGAAUGGUUACUUUUUAGUGCGAUUUACUAAGGGUGUCGAUUAUGAACGAGCAAUCACAGGGGGGCCUUGGAUGGUGGGGGAUAACUACCUAACAGUGCAUCCAUGGACUCAAGAUUUCAAUCCGUAUAAUCACGAGAUUUCUUCAACACUUGUAUGGGCUCGCUUGCUAGACAUUCCGAUACACUACUUCCAUCAGGUGGCUGUAAUGAAAAUUGGGAAGCCAAUUCGCGUCGAUCAAGCUACGAGUACUGGUGCUAGAAGUGACUACGCCCGGGUGUGUGUGCAAGUGGACAUCACCAAGCCGCUACUCUCCCAAUUUAUGAUUCAUGGGAUUAAAUACUUCAUUCAAUAUGAAGGGCUGGAGAAGAUAUGCCUUCAAUGUGGAUCCUAUUUCGAGCGAUCUUCAUGCUCCUGUCUAGUACAGAAAGAUGAAAUGGAAUCUGAGUCGGUAAGUCCCCAAGAGCCGGAAAUUGUGAAGGAACCAGAGAAGUUGUAUGGGGAAUGGAUGAUAGCAAAGCGUAGACCAAGAGCUAGAAAGGAAAGUCUAUGA